UAAUAGAGUUGGGUGAGUUUAAUUGGCACCAAGACCUGAACCUAGAAGAGUAAAACAAUUGAGGGGGAGCAGGCAAAAGCACAAAAUUUGAUGCAUCAAAAGAAUCGUCUCUCUCCUCCCUCGGCCAUGGACUUCCACCACCACCACCAAACCCUCGCCAGCAACUCCCCUUCCUCCUCCACCUCCUCCAUCUCCGCCGCCGCCACCACCUACCCAAACGGAAACCCCAUCUCCUCCGCCGCCGCUACCGCCGCCGCCGCCGCCCCCUCCUCCGACCCAAUGCACUCAUGGUGGGAGUCCAUCUCCAAAGCCCGCUCUCGCAUCCACUCUCUCUCUUCCAUCUUACCCGACCCCUCCCUCUCCCUCUCUCUCUCCUCCCUCGCCGACUCCGACCGCCCGGCCCUCUCUCUCCUCUCCUCCUCUCUCGCCUACUCCGCUCUCUCCUCUGCCCUCUCCGAUCCGCACUCCGGCUCCGGCUCCGACCCCCUCUGCCACUGGCUCUACGACACUUUUCUCUCCUCUGAUCCCCAUCUACGACUCGUCGUUUUCUCGUUCCUUCCUCUGAUCUCUGGCCUCUACCUCUCUCGCAUCCACUCUCUCUCCACCGAUUCACCUUCUCUCCCCUCCCUCGCCGGCUUCGAGGCUGUCCUCCUCGCCAUCUACGCCGCGGAGACCAAGUCACGCGCCGGCAAGCCUGUUCUCGUUUCCGUCCCUGAUCUCUCCCAGCCCUCUCUCUACCACACCCCUCGUCAGAAGAUCGCCGGCUCUAAGAACUCCGUCGGGGUCCUCUCCCCGCCGCUCGAGCCGCAGAUCGCCGUCAAGUCGACGAAGCGGGCCUGCAUCGUCGGCGUCGCGCUGGACUGCUACUACAAGCAGAUCUCGCAGAUGCCGGCCUGGUCGAAGCUUGAUUUCUGCCGCUUUGCCGCUUCCUGGGCGGGCCAGGAAUGCACCUGCGAAAAGCAGUUCGAUGAUGACGACGACGAUGAAUCGGUGGUGUCUUCUAGGGUUUCUGAGAUCAGGUAUUUGGAGAAUGGCGACCAAACUGACGAUGUGGUUGACGACAUUGCUCAAUUGAGGAUCGAAAAUGGCGGUGGUAGAAGUGGCAGUAGUAGUGGUGGUGAGAAUUUGGAUUCGAAAGGUUCGAGAAUUCCGCUGCCGUGGGAGCUUUUGCAGCCGGUGUUGAGGAUUCUAGGGCAUUGUUUGCUGGCGCCGUUGAAUUCUCAGGAUGUGAAGGACAUGGCUGCGGUCGCCGUGAGGCGUUUGUACGCCAGGGCAUCUCACGAUUUGGUUCCGCAGGCGAUCUUGGCCACGCGGAGCCUCAUUCAGCUUGAAAAGAGGUCGAGAGCGGACGUGAGGGCGGCUGCAGCAGCUGCGGCACUGGCAGCGAAUCCGUCAUCGAAUGCCAAUACUCCGAGUAAGGCUAAGAAACCCGAAAUCCUUUUGGUUUCAAAGUGAUUUGCUUUUGCUGGUAAUAGAAAGUUGUAUAGUUGUUUUCAAGUGAUUGAUAAAGUAGAGUUUGUGUAGGUUAAUGAUUGUAUUUGUUGUUUUGUAUUUGUAGGUCCUAGAGUUUGUAAUUUAUUUUCUGAUUGUUUUAUUUAUACUUAUACAGACCUCUGUUCUUGUUGUAGUGUGUAACCUAAAUGCUUUGAUGGUGUAUGGUUCUCUCCGAAUUUGUUUUUUGUACACCUCAAAAAGGGAUGGAGAAUUUCUGAAUGAAUUUGGUUUUAUACUAUUUUCCUU